AUGGCACCAGGCCCAACAAGAAACAGCACGAACGGCACCGACAGACACAACCUCCUCCGCUUCUUCAGACAACUCGGCGGCACGGUCAUCAUCAUCCUCGCUGAUCUCCGUCUCUCCCGACCCCCUGUUCAUCAUCUUUACCUCGCCUCCUCGCUUCUGUUUCUUCAUCCGCCGUGCUCAGCUCUCCUCCGCGAUCGGUUUUGUCUUCCAUAUGGAUUGAGGGAUAUGCUAGUGAAGAAGAACGCUAGCUUGUUUCUUUGGGGACUGAAGAAAGAAAGCUAUUGUGUGUUGAGCGAAGAUGGAUCCGAUUCUUUUUCCGAUGAUCUCCGCCGCGCCGGUAAUCCACCUUCAGGCUUUGAUGAUCGUGAAGAUGAUUCCGGCUUUGACGGUAGCGGUGACUCAGGCUUUGAAGAUGGUGAAGUUGCUUCAGGCUUUGAUGAUGGCGGUGAUUCUUCUGGGAAAUUGAGAGGAUUGCUUUGGAAAAAAAGGCAUAGACCAUGGCAAGUUACAAUACGCCGGUUUGGUCAUGAAGAAGGUAAUGAAGAUGGAAGCAACAAGUAUAUUUUUGGAUAUUGUAAAUGGUGUUGGGUAUUUGGUUAUGAUAUGGUUUUGACAGACUUUCUCCUUUUAAGAUUUAAACCCUUUGCGCUUCUACCAGUAACAUAUGUGAAAUCAUGCUCAACUGAUACAUCUGACUUGAUUGUUCUUACAUUGCCUUUUCCAUGCAUUAGAGAAAUAUCUAUUAUACUAAUGCAUGCAACAAAAAGCACCCAUAUAAUAUUUGUUUGUCGAACAACAACUGCAAAGGCUCCAACCUUACCAAUGCACUUAACCAGUAAUUCUUUUCCAAACUUGCAAGAUACAUGGCCAGCACAGCAGUAA